GCGGCCUUGUGGGAGCUGUAGUCCCUCCCGGGGCGCUCUCGGCCGCGGCCGGCCGGCGGGGCCAUGCCGGGCUUCACGUGCUGCGUGCCGGGCUGCUACAACAACUCGCACCGCGACAAGGCGCUGCACUUCUACACCUUCCCCAAGGACGCCGAGCUGCGGCGCCUCUGGCUGAAGAACGUCUCGCGCGCCGGCGUCAGCGGCUGCUUCAGCACCUUCCAGCCCACCACGGGCCACCGCGUGUGCAGCGAGCACUUCCCGGGCGGCCGCAAGUCCUACCUGGUGCGCGUGCCCACCAUCUUCCCGCUGCGCGGCGUCAACGAGCGCAAGGGGGCCCGCGCGCGCCGCGCCCGCCCCGCCCCGGCGCCCGCCGCGCCCGCGCUGCUGCUGGCCCUGCCCGCCGGCGCUGAACCGCAGCCCGGCCCGGCCCCGCCCGGCCCCGAGGACGUGAAGCCCAUCGACCUGACGGUGCAGGUGGAGCUCGGGGGGCCCGAGGCGCCGGCGCGCCUGGGGGGCGAGGAGGGCGCGGCCGAGGGCGGCCCCGCGGACCACUCGUACUCGCUGUCUUCGGGCACCACGGCCGAGGAGCUGCUGCGCAAGCUGAACGAGCAGCGGGACAUCAUCGCCCUGCUGCAGGUGAAGAUGAAGGAGAUGAAGGGCAGCAUCCGCCGCCUGCGCCUGGCCGAGGCCCAGCUCCGCGAGGAGAUCCGCGAGAAGGACCGGCUGCUGCACGCCGCCAGCGCCGGGGCCCGCAAGCGGCCCGGCCUCUGAGAGCCCGAGAUCCCCGGCCUGUGGGGUCCUGGCAGCCCAGCCUGCUGCUCACAGCCCUGGUGCCCACCCCGGGACAAGCCCCAGCAGCCUGUGCAGGGUCACAUAGGGAUAAACUCAUUGACUCAGCCUCUUCAUGGGAGCCAUCACCAGGUCUCUGUUCUCUCCAUCCUGGCUGUGCCAGCUCCACCCAUCUGAGCACCACUGGGUACCUGAGUGGGGAGGGGAUGCUGGCUGCCCACUGCAUUUCCAACCCCAUGUCCUGGUGGGUGUCAGUGACACUGCUUCAAAUACAACCAGUGCCCUCUUGGUGCUAAGUCUCCCAGAGCUGCUGGUUCAGGAGCUGUCCCUGUGUUGUGACAGCAUUUGCAAAACUUUUCUAGAAGGGGCCCAUGUUACCACUAAGUGGAUGUAGGGUGAUGAGCAUCAGGAACUGAACAAAGCUUGGUACAAUGUUAACUUGGGUAGCAGUCAUGCUACUCCCUGCCAAAGUAUGUUUAAAAUCAUGACUGGUGCAAUGUCCUCCAUAGAAGUGAAAAACUGUGUUCGGUUUGGCCUCGUUAAGCAAAGACGUGAGAAAACUUUAGAAGCCCCGUCAGCAUGAUGCUUUUUCAGUAAAUUACUGAUGCCGUUAGAGACUGCCAUUUCUCCUGUGAAUGAAUCCCUUCAAACUAGAGUGCAACUGUAUAGUGUAGUCAUUGCUCUCUCUUUGCAUUUCACAUGUAGCUGUUACAGAUUUACAGAUGCCUUGAUGCUCUCGACACUGACAAGGAUUAUUCUGAUCUGGUAUAAUGGCUUCAUACCUCGUUCACAUUCAGUGGCUACAGCUUGUCUCAUUGGCUUACACAUUUGACUCCUCAAAUGUAACUAAAAGGCAUAUUGGUCUUUAAAACCCUAGCUUUUUCACAAAGACCUGGGUUGAAAUUUUGGCUUAGAUCACAAGUGAAAUGAGUUUAGUCUCCAGUGACUCCGCAUAUCCUUGUUGCUUGCUUGUAAUCUACUUGGCGGGACUAGUUUUGGACUAGGAGAGACCGCCAACUGGAAUAUCCUGGCAUUACUCCAGGAUUGAGGAGCAUUAACCCAUCAAUAUGGGAUGCUUGCACUGUCUCUGGAACUAAACAGUGUUAGUCCCCCACUUUUCAUGGACAAUAGAACAAAACUCUCUCCAGAAAAAUUGUAGGGGGAGAGAGGUGACACUUCCACAUUUUGGACUGAGCAUCUGCUUCCAGUAACUUUCAAUUAUUAGAAAGCCAGUGAAACUGCUAACUCAAUGCCCCUGGUGGUCUGAUACACCUGAAUGGCUCCACCUUGAUGCUUAUAUUUAAUGCUUUGCAUUUGAACAGUGAUACGCUUUAGGAAAGAACAAUUCACCAAAAGCGUGCCCUAUAAUUACAUCAGAAAAUGCCCAGACUCUUUGUUUCAGCCAAGGGGAGGGAGUUAAAUGGACUAACUACAGGUUUGAGAUUUUAAGAGCUUUCUCUUGUAUUUAGAGUAUAUUACACUCUAGAGUGGAUUGGGCUUCAGAUUUUACUAGAUUUUAUACACCUUUUCUAAAUGUAAAAAUCAUCUUUAGUUGGGAAAUACUGAAAUCUUUGUAGCACUGGCUAACUUUUAGCUGGCCAACUGUCCAGUUCAUUCUGUCCCCAUAGCUGGCAUUACUAAAUCUGAAGGGUGCACGGAGGAUUUACAGGAGUGUAAUAUGCCCAGUUGCCAUUCAGUAUCCAGACAGCUAAACUAGACUUCAAUAGGUUCAGCUGAUAGUAUGAUGAGAGGUUCAGUUCUCUUAACUUUUGUGUAUUGACUCAGCUGGUUGACUAGGUAGGUGAUACAGAUCUAUUAAUGUACUAAAAAUAUGUAUAAUUUCAUUUUAAUUUAUUUUUCCAAUCUGAUACCUGGCUCAGACUGUAGCUACCUAAUGUGCAAACUUCAGUGCAAGUCACAACUGCAUCAAGUUUUCAUGGGGGAAGGAUUGGCAAACAUGCUUGCAACACUGUGUUGGAUUUAACUCAUGUAACAUGGUCAAUUGAUCUCACUUUGAUAGUUAUACUUCUAUCAAGACAAUAGGCAGCACAAUGUCUCUUUUUCUGGCAUAUUGUAAAUGAGACUAUUUGUGCCUCCUAGCUGCCUGAGAGUGUUUAGAAUGUGCAUGUUGUAAUAGUCGUCAUGGUACUUUUCUACCAUUUUAAUGCACUUCAGGACGUUCAGCUAUUUGGAGUGCUGGACUGGUUAACUGCUGGACUGUUCCUUUUCUCCAGGUUACACUGAGGUGCUAACAUGCCUAAUUUUAAUAAAGUCUAUUUUGUUUUGUUAUGUUUCCUA